CAGUAACAAAACUUAUAUAGACUUCAAAACCCUAACUUUAAGUUCGCCGUCCCUCUCCGCCGUCAGAUCAAUCUGAAAUAACAGACGUGUUCGUAACUUGUACGAAUAAAUUCGAAUGGAAUCGACGGGAUUGUUCGGAACAGAUUGCGAAUCGAUUUUGUCGGAAAUUAAGAGCCAAGAGAAGCAACUUAAGCUCAAAAGACGGUGGUUGAUGGGACUCCCUACAUCCAAAUCUAAAAGAAAUCGGUUUAAAGAGCCAAAGUUCUUAAAGAAAGAUAGGUCGUUGCCUGAAUCACUGCUUAGGGAUGACGAUAUAUUCUAUGAGACUGUAAAAACACGUGUUGAAGAAUCCUUUGGAGCAUGUACAGCUGAAAGAGACCAUGAUGUUCAAGACAAUAUGUUAUUGUAUGAGAUGCACAAUAUAAAAAGAAUCCUCAUGUCGCAACUGGAUGCUUUGACAAGUAAGGGGCUUUACCGCAUUGCCAUGAUCCUUACAGGAGGCUUUGUCAAGUUUGAGAAAACUAGAAAACAAAUGAAAAUGGUUAUUAGGGAAUCUCUUUCUAAAGACUUGAAAAGCAAAAAUAAUUAUUGGAAGACAAAUAUCUUAAAGCAGCUAUCUCUACUUCUAUAUGACCCACAAAAUUUCCGGGAGAAUUCUGCUAACUUUUUAACUCCCACGCUUCAAUCUCAUUAUGCUGCUACUAUCAAGAUAUUGGCUGGACUCGAGGACUUGCCUUCCCAGGUCCUGCUUUCAAUGGACAGGAAGCUUAGAGGUGUCCAAGGAGUUAUGCCUCAAUUACGUCGCCACAGACAAAAUCGGAGUCGAGGCCAGAUAAUUGACAAUGUGAGGAAAAUUAGCAAGAAAAUGCUUUCCGAACUCAGUAAAGGAGAUGAGCUACAGAUGCCAUUAGCCAAAGCAAUGGCUAUAGCAGGUUUAUCACUAAAGCUAAAACCAGGCUGUCAGAAUUCCUCUGAUGCAGGCUUUCAUCAAUUUUCACCUGAAAUAAGAAGUUUACAAAGUGAGAUAGUGAAAGCAAUUUGUUUCCUUAAAACAAAGGUUAGAUUCCCAGAGCUGAAAACUUUGCAGCAUUUAUUGGACCCAAAUGCUGAUGUACCCAAUCGUGGUCUUAGAACAGCAGUUAAGAAAAUGUUAAUUGAUUAUCUUUUUGAGUGCAGUGAUAUGGAUAUCAUUCCAAAGUCUUUAUUAGAAGCUCUUGCUAUUGUCAACCGGAGUUCUCGUAGUACACCUUAUUGGUGCUUCCCAAAAGAGGAAAUCGAACAGGAGGUAGAUUGUGUCUUGAGUGUGAGUGCUCACACAAAGCAGAUUAUCUGGGAUUUGCUUCCUGACAAUGGGCUUGAUCAGGACUUCACUGAUGCAUAUAUGGAGGAAUUAGAAGAAAGUGAUGGAGGAUCAGAUUAUGAUGAUGAUAGUGAUUAUAGUGACGGUGAUGCUGAACCAGAUCAUGAAGCAGAAGGCGUUGGGGAGUCGGUGCCAGUUGAUUCUAAGUCAGAUGCCCCUGCCACUAUGGAGAAUGGAUCUUCUGCCUACCUUACACCUAAGGACAGGGUUAAAAAAAUCUCAAGUGAAGGAUCUGGACAAAAGUGUUUUAUCAGACUGGGUUCUGAUUCCCAUGGUAUCAUUUCUCUCUCACAAUCCUUGGGAUCAACAGUUCAUUGUAGCACCACUAAUAUGGAUAUUAGUCAAUACCAAGGAGAAAGUCUGGGAAAAGUUUGCUUUUCCAUAGCUGAUGGGAAUAGUUUCUCCCGUUUUCUUACGCCGCAUGAAAGGUUUAAUCACAACUUGUUUGAGGGACAUGAAAUUGAACUAAAUAAUAGAAAGGUUCCAGUAUUCUCAAGGGAUUUAUUUUCAAAUAACUUAGUAGAUGAAGAUAUAAAACCCAGCAAGCAAAGUAGACGUAGAAACCAAUAUGUUGCUAUCCAAGAAAUUUGUGAUGAGACAAGUCUGGUUGCUUAUAAUGUUAUUGGUCACAUGUUAGAGAAAUUUGCUAAGGAAGAAGAAUUAGAUUUAGACUGUAAUGACAGUUCAUAUCUCAGAGGCAACUCAUCAAUUCAAGAACAUGCCAGUGUUAAAUCAGAAAGUCAAACUUCACCUGAAGAGGAUGCGAGUAGUUCUGACGUUCAAAUGGUUGAAGAGCUAGUACCUUUCCUUCCAAAGAGUGGAAUAAAAAAGUUGAAGAAAUUGUUGGGUGCAUAACUGCCAAGUAAUCAACAAAAUUGUUUCCUUAACAUCUGGGUUUGACUGGGGAAUGUGAGCUGCUGAAUAAGUAGCCCAAACCGAAAAAUCAUGGAAAUUCACCUUGUGCGGUGUUAUUCAUGUAAAAGAUGGCUGAAAAUUGUUUAAACAAACCAUCCGAAGGAGUAGCCAAUAUUGUUGGAGUUGCAUAGAGACGUGGAAGCCAGCAAUUGUAAUCAAUGUUUUAAAAACCGACUGGGACAAAACCCAGCAAGCUGGCCGGGUCCCUGGUUAACUUGUUGAACCAGCUGGUUCAACUGGUGACAUCAGCAAUGUUACUGUUUAUAUAAUGCAAAAUUCCAGAAUUUGGAUCCAAAUCAGAAACUCCUGAAUAAAAUAGUCUUCAGUAAGGCAUCA